GCGCAGCUCGUCUGGGCGCCGGAUCCGUAUGGAGAAGAGUGCAGGAGUAAAACCUACCCUCCUUCAGGACCAACGUUCAAAGGGAAUGUACCCACCUAUGUCAUAAAUCUUGAUUUACCUCCCAGCAAAAGAUGGGAUAACUUGAUGCACGACAAAAAGACAGAGCUGAAGGCUGUGGUCCAGAAUAUUAAAGAUAUAGCAAAUACCUUCUUCCCCAGCGGCAAAGUUGUUGACAUAGUGGAUAAAAAAAUAGCUCAUCUGACUGCCACGCUUCCUUAUCCUUUCAAUGAAGAACUCCAAGGGAUUGCAAAUUCAUCUGGGAUUCCUUUGGGGGAAAUUGUUAUUUUUAACAUCUUUUAUGAAAUUUUUACUGUAUGUACAUCAAUAGUGGCAGAAGAUAAAACAGGGAAGCUGUACCAUGCUAGAAACUUGGAUUUUGGACUCUUUCUUGGAUGGGAUGUUAAAAACAACUCCUGGACUGUAACUCAGGUGUUGAAGCCGAUAGUGGUCAGCUUGGACUUCCAGAGAAACAACAAAACGGUGUUCAAGUCUACCAAUUUUGCAGGAUACAUCGGCAUGGUGUCUGGAGUCAAACCGGACUUGUUCACUCUGACGAUGAAUGAGCGUUUCAGUCUUGAUGGGGGUUAUGUCGGAAUCUUCGAAUGGUUUCUUGGUAGAAGAGAUGGAAUGUGGAUGGGCUUUCUUACCAGAACAGUAUUAGAGAACGCUACGAGUUACCAGGAUGCAAAAGACAAACUGGCAAAAACAAGACUGCUGGCUCCUGCUUACUUUAUACUGGGUGGAAAAAAUUCUGGAGAAGGGUGUGUGAUAACUCGUUCCAGGACAGCUACUCUGGAUAUCUGGGACCUUGAUAUCAAGAAAGGCACGUGGUACGUGUUAGAAACGAACUAUGACCGCUGGAAGCCUCCGCUAAUCUUGGAUAAUCGUAGAACACCUGCAAUGAAAUGCCUGAACCAGACGACGCAAGAGAACCUCUCCUUACCGACAAUUUACGAUGUUCUCUCCACAAAGCCUGUCCUUAAUAAGCUGACUGUGUGCACAACACUGAUGGAGGUGGACCGUGGUCAUACAGAGACUUACCUGCGGGAAUGCCCAGAUCCCUGUAGCCCUUGGUAGCCCCGUACCUUUCCUGUGUUGGAAGCUGCUUCUCUGAACUGGAGGUCCUCCAAGAAAAAAAAAACACUGCCGGAAAAAGAUUCCUCAGCCUAACUCCUUCCUUCAGAAAUCUAAUGGCUACAUAGCGCUUCCGUGAGCUUCUAACAGUGGAGGGCCCCGUCUCACCCUGGACUUCCUUGCUUUCUGAUGGCGGUUCUGC